UAAACGCUAUUUCAACUCGCGUAAAAAAUGGUCCGAGAACUGAGCUGUGUGGCACUCCUUUUAGCAAUUCUUUUCCCGCUUGUUGCUGGCCACGGAUUCAUCAGAGAUCCACCAGCUAGACAAGUGUGUUAUCGAGAAUUCCCUAAAAGAUGUACAGCAGUUCAUUGGACGCCUGAUGAGCUGAACUGUGGCGGAUUCAGUACACAAUGGCAUAAAAAUGGCGGGAAAUGUGGCGUUUGCGGAGAUGCUUACCACCUCAAAAACCCGGCCUUUGUCUACCCGGGACGAUUCGCUAAAGGAGUCAUUACUAAAGUGUACAGACAAGGACAAGAGUUCGACUUAACGUUGACAAUUACAACCAACCACAAAGGAUGGUCUGAGUUCAGAAUCGGUGACAUUGGUACACCACCCAUCACACAGGCCAAGCUGACACACUUGCUACAGCUGUCAAGUGRAGGAACAAGAUGGAUACAUGGAUCCAAGAGUGGGACUUAUACCAUAAAACUACGACUGCCCGCUGGGGUGACAUGUAAACACUGUGUGCUACAGUGGUGGUGGAAGGUUGGUAACAGUUGGGGAUGUGAAGGUGGCAAGUGUGGUCAGGGACUAGGACAACAGGAGACCUUUGUCAAUUGCGCCGACAUAAGUAUUACUACCUCUGGAGGAACACUCCCUACUGAUGGUCCAAUACCCCCUACGCAGGCACCCACUCCACCCCCACCAUUCCCUACAACACAAACACCACCUCGCCCUACGGAUCCACCGACGGCGCCACCUACACAAGCACCUCCGCCACCAGGAGGCAAGUGUAAGGCAAUCGGCGCAUGGGAAGGAAAUCCUGGCAUGGAUGCGUGGUGUAAUUCUAACUGCGCUUUUAACAAUUGCCCCUCAAAUAUAUGCCUUUGCAGUUAAAGAAUAUCUUCUUUGGCGGCAGAUAUGCACUAACUUGUCACGUGAUCAUUUCGCACCACAUUGGGCUGUGUAACCAUUGUAAUCGUAAUUUUUCAUAUAGCAGCUUGAAAACUGAAUUGUAAUCAUUUGUCUAGAGAUGGUUUAAGAGUAAACCGAAAUAUUGCUCAUCAA